AUGGCCUCGUUUUUUGCACGGGAAACUGAAGGCAGCAGGGAGCUCUUCACAGGACCGCAUUUUUUUCAAGUUUCUACAGAUUUCGACGUGGAGGAGGGACUUGAGGUCCUGGAGAAGAAGAGAGGCAUGAAGGAGUUUGCCGAGAUGGAUGGGCUGGACGGUGGUGAGGACCAGGCAUCCUCCGUGCUCUCUCCUCCAGAAGACUCGGAACCCCCCGUCGCGCCCCCCCCUUCCAAGUCUCCCCUUUCGCUUGCCUCAAGCGACCAGGACUUGCGCGCUACAAAGCGUGCUAAGCUCUCUCAUGAGCUCCCCGAAAAAUCACGCUCUCGACACCCGAAGGCGGAGAAACGCGACCGUAGGAAGCGGAUGCAGCAGCGCCCAGCUCGAAACCUAGCCCGGCAGGAGCAGCAGGGGGCCUCUGGGCUCUCGUGCAAGCAGGUGGCAGCUCGCAAAGGGAUCAAGGCAGCAACUGAGAACGCCGUUUCCACUUCGCUGGAUGCGGGUCAAGUGAGGGCUGCGGAAACAGGGUGGACCGGUGUUCGAAGGCCGCGCGAGAACAAAAAGACCCACACGUUACAGGAGGCAAUCGAUGCAGGGCUACAGCUUUUUGAAUGGGACGGAAGAAGCACGCAUUUGCUCGUAACCAAGAAGGGCGUCUGCCUGGCUGUACUUGCAGGGACUGUGAGCGACGAUCUUAAACUGCAGGAAGAGCUUCGUGAAGCUGAACGGCAGCUGAACGAGGCAGGCUCCUCCAUUCAGUUCACCAGAAAGGAGCAAAACAACGACCGCGGAACCUCGCCUGCUGUUGCAAGAGGCGUAUCGCACGGCGGCGGCCAAACUGAGCCCAAGAUUCUCAGCCAUUCGAAGAAGACAAAAGAUGCGUUGGACCAACUCGUCGAGCUUCCUUUAUUCCGAAGGCUUUCUGGCCAAGCAAAUCACUUUUUACGGUUCUACGCGCCUCGAGCUUAUGACUUUCAGGCGAAAGGCCUCGAAGCACUUGUCAACCACGAUGCGCGCCUCAAACUCAACUUCAAAGCCACUGCUUUCGCUGCAUGUACCUGGAAUUUUGGUCCUCAGUUCGUUUCCUUCCCCCAUCUUGACGCCAAUAACUCUGCGUACACUUGGUGCGCCAUAACACCUAUGGGGGACUUUGACCCCAAGCAUGGCGGCCAUCUCAUCUUAUGGGACCUUGGCCUCGUUAUACAGUUUCCACCGGGUGCUACCGUCCUCAUUCCCUCUGCACUACUUGUUCACUCGAACACCUGCGUUCGCGAAGGGGAAACCAGGCACUCCUUCAUUCAGUACAGUGCGGGAGCUCUUUUUCGCUGGGUCAGCAACGGCUUCCAGACAAAAGCAAAGUGGGAGGCUCAGGCAACGGAAGAGAUGAAGUGCAAGAGGCAGGAGGAGGACAAGGAACGGGUUAAAAAAGGCUUCGAGAUGUUUAGUACAGUGCAGGAGAUUCGAGAACGCUAUAAGAGCAUGGUCGGAAACAGUUGA